AUCCACCGCCGUUUCGUUAUCGGUUGCCAUCGGACACCGCCUCCCUCAACCCCGAGAGACCUUCUCGCCUCCCUUGCCAUGGCCGACUACAACCGCUACGGCCACGCCCACGGCCAAGGAUACGGCCAGCAGGGCUACGGCUACGCGCCAUCGGCCCCUCCCGCGCCCACGCCCUCCUCCUCCUCGUCGUACGGCUACGCUCCCUCGGCCUCCUCGCCGUACGGCUACGGCUACGGCCGAGGAGGCUACCCGCCGCCGCCGAUGGGCGGUUUCGGAGGAGCCGUGGCGUUCCCGCCGGGGACGCACCCGGACGUGGAGCGCGCGUUCCGGGCCGUCGACCGCGACCGCAGCGGCAGCAUCGACGAGGGGGAGCUGCAGGCCGCGCUCUCCGGCGCGUACCACCGCUUCAGCAUCCGCACCGUCCGCCUCCUCAUCUUCCUCUUCAGCGACGCCUCCCCGCGCUCCCGGAUGGGGCCGGCGGAGUUCGCGACGCUGUGGAACUGCCUCGGGCAAUGGCGGGUCGUUUUCGACAGAUACGAUAGGGACCGCAGCGGUAAGAUCGAAUCCAACGAGUUGAGAGAAGCUCUUCGCGGCCUCGGAUAUGCGGUACCACCUGCGGUCAUCGAUCUUCUCAUAGCAAACUACAACAAUGGUGUUUCCAACCGGGGCGCCCUAGACUUCGACAACUUUGUGGAGUGCGGAAUGGUUGUGAAGGGUCUGACUGAAAAAUUUAAGGAGAAUGACACGCGCCACACCGGCUCAGCUGCUCUUUCGUAUGACGGCUUCUUGUCAAUGGUCAUCCCCUUCAUUGUACCAUAGAUAGUCCUGGUGCCUGUUUGACCACCGCAAAAGCAGUACAUUUGUGACAUGAGCUUUAGGUUUCUGAGAUUGGUUACAGUUCGUUAGUUUGGAGUGUUUUUUUUCACAGUUGUGUGUGUGAAUAUUUGUUUCGGCACAACACCUAAACACAUCAACGGAUGGGAUCUUUUCAUACCUCUUGGCAAUGACAAUAAAAGGUGGAAUGCUCCUUUUAUAA